AUGGCCGACGAGUUUACGGACCGACAGCCGAAGUUCGUCGAUCAAGCCGUCAAGGAGGUCAUGACUUGGUUCAUGACGCCAGAGAGCGAAGCUGUGGUGGAGGAGGUGGCGGUGAACAGGCGGAGCAGGCCCCGUCCCUCCUGGGGACUCUCUCCCAACCCCGAUGACCCCGAGAUGGCGAGGACGCAGAAAGAGGCGGAGAUGAGGGAAGCGCAGGCAAAAAAAGCCUCGGCCGAUAAAGCGGAGGCGGCAAAGGCAGAACGGUCGAGGCAGCUCCAGGCUGAGCGGCUGGAGCGGCAGAAGGCGAUGUCGAGGAAGAUUGCUCUGACGCAGCUGAAGCAGCUCUACUACGGACGUGUGGUGGACCAGGUGCGGAUGAAGAAGAGAGACCUUCACAACGAGAGGAUGGGGAUUGAGAAACAGGCCUCGAUGUUCCAGCAUCUCGCCCAUGAUGCCGCCAAGAUGAUCAAAGUGCUCAAGGAUGAGCUGGAAACUGCGAGGUCGCAGAAGUCAAAGGCGGAGAACAGCGCGUCCAUCAUGCAGUCCAAAGCCGAUGGGGCCAGACUUGCAGCUGUUGGGCUGAGCGUCAGCAGACAGUUCAAGCAGGGGCAGACAGCUGCCAAGAGCGACGCGGAGACGUUUCAAGCAGAAGCAUAUAGACAGAAGAGACUUGCUCAGGCUGCUUACGAGAUCAUCCGCAUCAGCCUUGAUCUCAUUGAACAGGAAGAGGAAAAGGUCAGGAUCUGCGAGUCUCAG